AUGCUAGAAACAAAGGUUCCAGGAAGCCUGACUGCGAAAACAAAGGUUCCAGGAAGCCUGCCGCUGGAAACAAAGGUUCCAGGAAGCCUGACGCUGGAAACAAAGGUUCCAGGAAGCCUGACGCUAGACACAAAGGUUCCAGGAAGCCUGACGCUAGAAACAAAGGUUCCAGGAAGCCUGACGCUAGAAACAAAGGUUCCAGGAAGCCUGACGCUAGACACAAAGGUUCCAGGAAGCCUGACGCUAGAAACAAAGGUUCCAGGAAGCCUGACGCUAGAAACAAAGGUUCCAGGAAGCCUGACUGCGAAAACAAAGGUUCCAGGAAGCCUGCCGCUGGAAGCAAAGGUUCCAGGAAGCCUGCCGCUGGAAACAAAGGUUCCAGGAAGCCUGACGCUAGAAACAAAGGUUCCAGGAAGCCUGACGCUAGAAACAAAGGUUCCAGGAAGCCUGCCGCUGGAAACAAAGGUUCCAGGAAGCCUGACGCUAGACACAAAGGUUCCAGGAAGCCUGACGCUAGAAACAAAGGUUCCAGGAAGCCUGACGCUCCAAUGUCCCAACACCCAGCCCUCGCGCGCCCUCCAAGCGCAACACACUCAAACCGGCUCAAAAGAUGAUCAACUCAACUAUGACUGUUGGCAACAGAACCAAGCACGAGGGGGGCCUCGAGGAAAAAAAAAUCCUUACCUAAUAAAGCCAGUAAAUCUGUGUCUCAUCCAGGCGUCAGUAUAA